AAAAAGAAGAGUCAAAUUUUGACCAUCAUCGCAUCGCAGCAGGGCCUUCUUCAUCCAGCCAAUCAGCCCAGUCACAUACAAAAAUCACAUUCGUCGCGUUUUAUGUGGAAGGCAGCCAUCAGUGAGUGGAAGAUUACCCUUAAAUCGGAGAAAGGGGAAAAUCCGUCUGGCAUUCAAUAAUUCCGUCGUUUCCGUUUCCCCGUAGAGUGUCGUGUCCGUAUUAAGUGUUCCUUUUUUGGUUCGGUAGCCCCCGGGAAUCGAUUGGGAAAACUGGCGUUUGGUUCUAUACUAGAGAGUGGUGCAGUCAGUCGAAAAUCAAACAGAAGAAAAAUCUCCAAGGCGGUGUAAUCUUUUUUUUUUCGUUCCUUUUGAGUUGGUGAUAUUGCUUGCGUUCACGGAACGAUAAUCGCAAAAAACAAAGACGUGUUGUGCAAGUUUUUCUGUUUUAUAAUUUGGUUUGUUAGUGUCGUUUAUCGAGCCAGUUGCGGGAAUCUCGGAUUACUACGGAUCAUAGUAACGGGAGUGGUCACCAGCAAGCAGCGUAGGGGUUUCUGGCUGUGUAAAAAUAGAGCAGGAGAAACCUGUCUUGUCGUCGUCGAUUGGUGUCACUGCCCUCUGAGAAAUCAGCCAUAGCAAAGAAGAGAAAGAAAACGGUGCUAGCCAUCCAUCCAUCUAUCUACAGGGGCCUGGUGAGCGAUCCUAGAGGACAAUCCACGAGCCGAAAUGGCCAAAACAUACGACUAUCUGUUCAAGCUAUUGCUGAUCGGUGAUUCCGGUGUCGGAAAGACCUGCAUCCUGUUCCGAUUCUCCGAGGAUGCCUUCAAUACGACCUUCAUCAGCACAAUCGGAAUUGAUUUCAAAAUUCGGACAAUUGAAUUGGACGGCAAGAAGAUUAAACUACAGAUCUGGGACACAGCCGGCCAGGAGCGGUUCCGAACGAUCACGACCGCCUACUAUCGGGGGGCAAUGGGCAUCAUGCUGGUCUACGACAUCACCCAGGAAAAGUCGUUCGAAAACAUCAAAAAUUGGAUCCGGAAUAUCGAGGAAAACGCCUCGGCCGACGUCGAGAAGAUGCUGCUGGGGAACAAAUGCGAGCUGAACGAGAAACGACAGGUGACCCGAGAUCGAGGGGAACAGCUAGCGGUCGAAUAUGGCAUCAAAUUCAUGGAAACGUCGGCGAAAGCGAGCAUCAAUGUGGACGAAGCAUUCUUCACCCUUGCCAGAGAUAUUAAAUGCAAAAUGGAAAAGCGAAUGGAAGCGAACAACCCGCCCAAGAGUGGCCACCAGCUGAAAGCGUCAGAACAACCCCGGAAGGCACCGAGUUGGUUAUCGAAGUGCAAUCUAUUUUGACCUUGUAAUAGUUCUAUAAAUUAUUGUAACUUUUUUAUAUAACAUACUAAAUAAUUAUAAUAACGAUUACUGUAAUAUUAUUAAAAUUAUACAAUACUUGUGUAGGAACGAAGGAAAAAAAACAGCAAAAACACUAAGUGAAAAACAGACACACAGGCAAACACGGGAAACAAAAAAAAAAGGAAAAACUCAUAAAAAAACUAUUGCAGAAACCAGUUUGAAAAUUACGGACGCCAAUUUCCAACAAUUGUUCCAACUAUUGGGACUUCGAUGUUCUGCGAUCGAACCCAAUCCACUACUACUGACGAAAACCCACUUGAUCGAAUAUUUUAGAGAGCGCAUGCAUGUAAAGGUUCAGGGAACCAACUUGAGUGAUUUCGUUUUUGUAUCUUUGUUAUUAACUUAUUCCACUAUCACACGGAGUGCGCACCGUACGCUACGAUUCACUCAUAACGAAACAAUAGAAAUAGUAAUGCGAACAGGUAAUAUGUAAAAAUCAGGUGUGAUUAGAGGUUUAAAUAAAUUUCAACACAACACACAGUAGAAACCGUAAAAAAAAUUCUUCGGUCAGAUUGAAGAAUGUCUUUGGAAUGUCAAUUUUCUAUUGUAGACGAUAACUGAGUUACCGCAAAGGCGCGUUCGUUUUCCGCUCAAAUUUCAUCCGAGAGACCUUUCCUAGAGAAGUUUCUUAACUACAUAUUCCAUUUUUUUUCCUCAUAGAACACUAUUCUUUGCUUUCUACAAACAAGAGAAAAAUACAAACAACAUGUGAUUAACUGUCCCCUGAUGAAAAAGGUUGUUUCCAUUUGUGAUUUCAUCAUUAAUCGAUUUGUCAUUUCAAGUCUAACUGCUACCUUCUUAUUAUACAUACUGGGUAGAACGAAAAAAAAAACUUCAUGCAUUAUUUGAAUGAAACAAUAGUUUUUAAAGUGAUCAGCUGCUGAUGGGUGAUGCAGACAAAAAUGUUAAAAAAAAGCCGUUUCAGGAUCCAGGGUGUAACUCGUUUAGUAGGUACUAGUUCUUCUACUACUGCUACAACCUACCUACAAGUGUCGUAUUUAUGUAAUGGUCAAAUAUGUAAAUCAACUCUAUGUGGAUGAAUAAAAAACGGCUACGGUGGACGAACGAAUAAAUAGAAUGAUAUGGAACAAGGUUUUGAAAUAAAUUAGGAAGAUUUUUCUUCUCGUGCAAAAACAGGA